UUCUUCUAAACCUUUUUUUUUUAAAAAAAACAUGUCUUACGAAAACGAUAACGAAAGCGCUUCUGAUCACGAUUUCGGAGAUCUCUUUGGCUCAGAAGACGAAGCCUCUGAUAUCGACGAUGGACGAUCACAGUCUUCUGCUGAAGGUCAUAACUCACCUGUUGCAGCCGUAACAACUCCACCACCAACAAAAUCAAAUGACCUCGACAAUUUAUUCGGGAGUGACGAUGAAUCCGAAUCUGAGGAUGAAUCGAGACAAACCAUGAAACACAGAAGUUCACGUAUAGAAUCAUCAGAGGACGAAGAUAGAAGAAGCCCAGCUCGAUAUGAAGAGGACGAGAAUAAAGAAGAUUAUGAUGAUUAUGAUAAUCAGUCUAGCAGAAAACAACGCGUGGAGGUCUCACUUGAAAUGCCUCAACUUCCUGUACCUUACAGUGAUAACGACAAGUAUUACUUGGCAAAAUUACCGCGUUUCUUGGACAUCGAAGUCAACCCUUUUGUACCUCGUGAAUUCGAAGUACAAAUUGAGGAAGGAUUGACUGCCAAGCAAGAGCAAGAAGCUAUUCGUGAACAAAUCGAGAGUACUAUUCGUUGGAGAAGAGUGAGACAACAUGGGCACGAAACAAUGGAAUCAAAUGCACAUAUUGUAGAAUGGGAGGAUGGCAGAAAGUCGUUAAUGUUGGGGGACGAAUGUUUCGAUUUAGGUAUAAAACCAGUUGGAGUAGACGAUCAUUCCUUCCUGUUAGCACAUCAAACGGGUUCUGGCGCACUUGAAAGUCAAACUGAAUUCACGGAUUUGAUGUCAUUUAUGCCUAGUGGACUUAAGAGUGAUACCCAUCGUAACUUGACAGCUCAAAUUGCCGACAAGCAGGUCAAGAAGAACAGGACAAAGAUGUAUUUCACAGAUAAGGAUCCUGAGCUUAUGAAGCAAGAGCUUGAAUCUCAAGAGAACGAACGACUAAAGGCACAAAAGAAAUUGGAGCUGCAGCGCCGAAAGGUGGAUAUGCGUUAUGGAGAUAGCACCAGUAGUCGUAGAAACAAUGAUUUUGGUGAUUAUGAUACCGCAGAUUACCCAUCUCGUAAUGGAGCCAGUAGUCAAGCUCAGGAUAGAUAUGAGGAUGAUUUCGUUGUGGACGACGAUGAAUAUGAUGAAGAGGAGGAGCGAUCGAGAGAGAAUAGAUUAUCACAGGCAAAACGCACUGGUAUGGAUAAAUAUGCUAAGCGUUCGCGUUAUAGUGAUGAUGAAGAUGAAGAGGAAGAUGCCGAUUAUGGUAACGAUGACGACGACGAGGAGGAAAUUGUUGUUAGAAGACAUAAACGUACACGUAUUGUCAGUGAUGAUGACGAGUAAACAUUGUAUUAUAAAUCUGCCCUAAAAUUAAAAACAUAAAAAAAGAGUAAAUUCAUCAUACCAUUUAUACACUGCCAUAUAAGUUAUAAUUCUUAUUGUAUUUGCUUAUGAAUCCACCGUGGCAUAGAUAUAGGGGAACACGUUGAACAAAUGAUAAAACAUUAAACUAGCGACUUUAUUUUAUUUUUAUAAAUAAAAGCGCCAAACAUUACCAGUUUUAUCUCACGCUUUU